CUCGGCUUGGCUCGGAACACCUCAGUGCUUGCCCGAGUGACGAAAAGAUCACAAUGAUUGUGUUACACAGAUUCUUGGCUAUAAUUGGGACACUGUGGUUUGCAUUUAUCACAUUCGAAACGUCUGCGGAUGCUAGCCCCAGCGAGCAGCAGUGCGGAAAUCUCAACGAGUCGCAGGUAAAGAAUGGACAGCGGAUCACGGAACUGGACGAACACCCAUGGAUCGCACGGAUUGAGUUCACGGACUCACAGGGAGACCGAGAGCAUUUGUGCAUUGGCGCACUCAUAAAUACCCGUCAUGUCGUCACAGCGGCUCAUUGCCUGGAUAAUGCCGAUAGAGAUGUCUCGGCAGUUGUCCUCGGCGACUGGGACUCCAGCAACAACAUCACCGAACGGGACUGCAAUCCCCAGGGCUUGUGUGCACCGCCCCCCCAGCGCAUCGAACUCAAGUCACUAGCCAUGCAUCCAGACUACACCAUCCACAAAGUCGACAAUGACAUAGCUGUGAUCAAGUUGGCCAGGAACGCGGAAAUCUCUGAAUAUGUUCAGCCCAUAUGCCUGCCUACAGCCGAAGAAGUUUCAACUGGCACCGCUGACACAGCUCUCCAGGUGUCGGGCUUCGUGAGACCUAACAGACGGAAUAUAACUAAGAGAAUUAAGAUGCCGUUCGAGAAAGUCCGCACCGAGGAGUGCCAGAAAAAGGAUCGAGACAAUAGGAUAGCGAACUCAAACAUUUGCGGGAGCACCGAGUUUAAUCCCAUGUCAGGGUCUGCUCUCAUCGAGGCCCACGGAGAGCCACGUAGGUUCCACCUAGUGGGCGUUGCGGCCGCGGGAUUUAACUCUGAACCGAGUUUGCAUUUGCAUACGAACGUUCGUUUGCACCUCAAUUGGAUUCUGCAGAACUCAAAAAUGUAACCCUCUCUAUUUAGCGGCCUCACUGUCUUUCUACAGGUUGAUUUACGAAUAAACAAAAUUGCAAACUCCUGUA